UCAUGCUGCUGCCAGGCCAGAGUCAAAUCUCAUGGGUCCCUGUACGGCCUCCCAUGCUGCUGUCUCCAUCGCCACACCUCUGACCAAUGUGCACACUUUCAGGUCUCCUCACACUGCUGAUGGGUUCCAUUUUGUCAUAGGGUGCUGGCAGAUUACGGACCUCCCAUUGCUGCUGCCAGGCCCGUAAUCUGCCAAUGGGCCCCCGUACGCCUCCUCAUGCUGCUGCCAGGUCCCAGAGUGUCUCAUGGGUCCCUGUACGGCCUCCCAUUGCUGCUGUCUCCAUCGCCACACUCUGCCAUGUGCCACUUUCAGGUCUCCUCACACUGCUGGUGGGUUUACAUUUUGUCA